AUGUCACGGCUGCCAUGUCUGUUCAAGGAGAAAAGGGAAAAAGAAUGGAGGGAGAGGGGAGGACAAAGGCUGUGCACAUUCACUGCUCUCCAUGACGCCAUAGAAUGCGAUUGCCAUCUAUGCGGAUGCAGCUGCCACCAUGCAUGCAUCGCGGCGCGAUCCAACUCUGCGAAGCAGGUGGAGAUGGCCUCUCACUUUUUAGUUGCUGAAUCUAUUCUUUAUAUUAUUGUCUGGCAGAAGAGGCAGCUCUCAGUGCAGACGAGGCAUUGGGUUGUGUCGAUAGCCCUAAACGGGAUGCCGCAUUGCUGUGGCAAGGCAGUGCAAACCGCACUUCAGUUGUUCUUUUCCUUGGUGGGCAGUGAGCACCGUGUACUUCUACUCUUCUUGACUGCCCUCGCAGCCUCCUUGUCAUUUGCCGUGUUUAUGGAGGCUGCAGUCCGCAGUCUCCCCAUUGGAAGUGUGCUCACUCCGUUGAUUUAA